AUGCCUGGUCGAAAUGAUGAUCCGCUUGCUUUGAUUCCGACUAUUGCGGAUGAUAGUGAUGUACCGGAUCUCGAUGGACCAGACGAAGAUGACGAAGAAGAGGAAGUGGUGGUCAAACCACGUGCUCAUAAGUUAGCACAAGCAACCAAAGGCAAAUCGAUGGAUUUCGAUGAGCAAUUUCAAUUUGUUUUGGAUGAUCCGGACGACAAGAGAAUGUUGAAAGGAAAAGACAGCAAUGAUAAUGAUCAAUUGAAAACUCGAGGACAACUGUCAACGAUCGAUGAGAAAAUUGCCGAAGUUCGAAAUCGAAGAAAGAAGAAAACGAAAUCGGAAAGUGUCGUAGAAGAAAAGCCAGCGAAUGAUGAUCUUGAAGAUGAAUCGUAUGAAAUGGAAAUCGAACAGGACUCAGCUGCCGAUAAAAUGAAAGUGAAAGAAGCGAAGAAAAAGAAAUCUGGAAAGAAUAAACAGAAAGAUGAAUUCUUCGAAGAAUCACCACCCUUCAAUCCCGACCAAGUCUUUUCCGAUAUGAAGAUCUCUCGACCAUUACUUAAAGCUCUUUCAGCUAUGGGUUUACACUCUCCAACUCCUAUUCAAGCAGCUACUGUUCCAAUCGCACUUCUUGGUCGUGAUCUCUGCGCUUGUGCUGUGACAGGAUCUGGCAAAACGAUUGCGUUUUCAUUACCAAUACUUGAACGAUUGCUUUAUAAGCCUCAUCAGACAGCACCUUGCACGCGCGUCCUAGUUCUCGCGCCAACGCGUGAAUUAUGUGUUCAAAUUCAUCAAGUUUUUCGGCAAUUGACCCAGUUUGCUCAUAAUAUUACUUGUUGUCUUUCAACAGGUGGCUUGGAUUUGAAAUCUCAGGAAGCAGCAUUACGUUUACAGCCUGAUAUAGUCAUUGCUACACCCGGUCGUCUCAUUGAUCAUAUACACAAUUCACCAACAUUUACAUUACAGAAUAUUGAAAUUUUAGUUCUUGACGAAGCUGAUCGCAUGUUAGAUGAAUAUUACUUCGAGCAAAUGAAAGAAGUAAUUAAUAACUGUUCGCGUACACGUCAAACCAUGCUUUUCUCAGCUACAAUGACUGAUCAAAUCAAAGAUCUUAUUCAAGUCUCUCUCAACCGUCCAAUACGUUUGUUUAUUGAUGAUAAUCAAUCUGUUGCACCGUACCUUCGCCAAGAAUUCAUCCGCGUUCGUGAACAUCGCGAAGGUGAUCGAGAAGCUAUCGUAACUGCACUAUUAACUCGAAACUUUCAUGACCGUGUAAUCGUUUUCGCCCAAACAAAAAGACAAUGUCACCGAAUGCAUGUCAUGCUUGGUCUUCUUGGAUUGAAAGUCGGAGAAUUACACGGUGAUCUUUCUCAAACACAGCGAUUGGAUACAUUGAGACGAUUCAAAAAUGAAGAAAUUGAUAUUCUACUUGCGACAGAUCUAGCAGCACGUGGUUUGGAUAUCGAAAACGUCAAAACCGUCAUCAAUUUCAUCUUACCGAACACACUCAAGCAUUACAUCCAUCGUGUUGGUCGAACUGCCCGUGCAGGAAAAACAGGGCGAUCGAUUUCACUUGUUGGAGAGAAUGAACGACAACUAUUGAAAGAUAUUCUCAAAACAUGCAAGGUCCCAGCUAAAAUGCGAAUUAUUCCACAAGAAAUUGUUCAGAUGUUUCGCAAUAAGCUGGAAGAACUCGAACCAGACAUCGAAGAAAUUCUCAAAAUGGAAUACGGCGAGAAAAUGAUAAAUUCAUGUGAAACCCAGAUCAAUAAAGCUGAACAACAACUCAAGCAGGGUAAAACUGCGGGAACUACACCGGCACGUGAAUGGUUCCAAAGUCGAAAGGAACGUAAGAACGAACAAGACAAGUUACGUCUCGGUUCUUACAAUGGCAAAAAGAAGAAAUUGUCGAAAGAAGAACGCGAAAAAAUUGAGAAAACGAAAGCAAACCCGAAAACAGCUGACGAUCGCGUGAAAUUUGAAAUGCAAAAGGUGGCACAGUUUCGAUCGCGUCAAGAAAAGGAUACAACUAAACGAUCACGAGAUACAUCUUCGUUUGAAACAGAUAUGACAAAUGAUAAGCCACAACGAAAGUCGAAAUCUGUUCCACCAACAAAGAAAAGCAAACGAUAG